AUGAAAAAAAGCCUACGAGAGUGUUUUAAAACAAAGGCAUCUGCUGUUUUUGGGGAGUUUUCGCGAAAUGCGUAUCUUCGGGAGGUUGUGAAGUACAUAACUGACCGAUAUGCAAAAAAAAAGUACUUUGAGCGGCAGGCGCCUCAGCCGCCCCAGAAAAAAACGAGGCUGUCAUCUUUUGAGAACUUCACAGAAACCACCUCAAUCAACAAAUGCACACUUUGCGUUGUGGUUCCAAACAAAGGACUUAUUGCUGAGAUUGUGGCGCGGCUCAUGGCAGAGAAGAGUAUUCUUGGAGAGGACAUAAAAACAGAGAAGUAUGCAAUUGUAGGGGAUGAGGACGAUGACUUCAUGAUGCCUCUAAUGUAUGCGGACGGCGAGUUUAAAGAAGCAUACAACAGCCAGGCGGAUGUGAUUUUGGCCACCACAAAGGCCAUGGUAACGCUGGGGGACCAAAAGCUGGACAGAUCAAAGUAUUUCAUCCAGACUGCGGAGGAGCUAGUGGACUUUGCACGGAAAGCCAAGAAUGAUCUGAACAUAUACUCCUUCCUGUCCGGCGUGGACACUGUAAUUGUGCUUGAUGCAGACAUUCUUCUUAUACAGAACUCCGUCUCGUUCUACGAAACACUAAAAAUCCUGGAGGAGGCGCGCCCCGCCAUAAGGCCACAGAUGAAUCUGCGCUACCUAAGCAGCGGAGAGGAGAAGAAAGCCUUUGUCUUCCUUGCUGGUGUGAUUUCUCCCGCACUAGUCUCUCUUAUUGAGAAAAAGCCAGGGCACAUGAUAGUUAGUAAAAAGGAGAGUGCAGAGCCCGCCUCCUCUGAAACGCUGGAAAGCACGCCUGCAUGCUAUCCGUACAGUGUGUGUCUUAAGCUGAAUAAGACCGUGGCUACUGAGAAGUAUGCAGACCACCACAUUACAACUCUCUUGAAUUCAUACGAGAGGACUCUGGUGAUUGUAAAGGACUCUGUUGAGAUGGAAAAAAUCAAAACAGAAAUUCAUAAUAGCUCUGGGUUCGCAGAAAAGAACAUCUUCUUUAUAGACGAGUUUACUGCAGAAAGCAAGAUCAAGGAGGAGAUAAAAUCAAAGAUUCUAAGAAAAGUAUGGAUAAUCACAGAGAGAUUUAUAUUCUACAGGAAGAAAAGGCUUUCCCGUAUACUCACUCCAUACAGCCCAAUAAAGAUAUUUGCUCCCUAUGUUGUAAACCCAAGAAUUCUGCAGCUUGCAAUAAGCAAAACAGAAGAUCUAGAGGAAACUGAGAAUGGCUUAUACAAUGCACCAAUAACACUUGUUAUAUCAAGCGAAGAAGAAAGAUAUUUUGUAAACGACCUUUUUGGACGGCAGGUUUCUAUCAGCAAACUCUUUGAGUACUCCGAUGAGACCACUAUUAAUGUGCAGGAGAAAUAA